GUCUCGGGUCUGAUCCAACCCCUUCCCGUCCCUCUCCCGCAUUAUAAGCAUCUUCAGUGUCUCUCCGAGCCUGAGACCCCGCCCCCUGAAAUUCCGAGGCGGGGCCACGCCCGAGUGCCCGCCCUCUAUGCAAAUAUCUCGUCCCGUCCAAUCAGCUCCCGGGGGCAGGGCCGCCGGCUCCGAAGGCACCUGUGGCCGCGGGACGCUGGUCACUCUGUGCGGCUGCUGCAGGUCCGUGCACACGCGUCCGAGGGGCCAGGCGGAGCAGACCAAGGUUGCUCUGCCCAGCCUAGGACAAUGGGGAGGAAAAAAAUACAGAUCUCACGCAUUCUGGACCAAAGGAAUCGUCAAGUGACAUUUACCAAAAGGAAGUUUGGGCUGAUGAAGAAGGCCUACGAACUGAGCGUGCUCUGCGACUGUGAGAUUGCUCUCAUCAUCUUCAACAGCGCCAACCGCCUCUUCCAGUAUGCCAGCACGGACAUGGACCGUGUGCUCCUCAAGUACACGGAGUACAGCGAACCCCACGAGAGCCGCACCAACACCGACAUCCUUGAGACACUGAAGCGGAGGGGUGUGGGCCUUGAUGGGCCAGAGCUGGAGCCAGAUGAGGGGCCUGAGGGCCCGGGAGAGAAGCUGCGGAGGCUUGCAGGUGAUGGGGGUGAGCCAGCCUUGCCCCGACCACGGCUCUAUCCCGCAGCCCCCACCAUGCCCAGCCCAGACAUGGCAUAUGGGGCCCUGCCCCCACCAGGCUGUGACUCCAAUGGGCUUGGGGAGGCCCUGCCCGCCCAGAGCCGCCCAUCCCCCUUCAGGCCAGCAGCUCCCAAAGCUGGGCCCCCGGGCCUGGCCCAUCCUCUCUUCUCACCAAGCCACCUCGCCAGCAAGACACCGCCACCCCUGUACCUGGCAGCAGACGGGAGGAGGCCAGACCUGCCUGGAGGCCUGGCAGGGGCCCGCGGGGGACUGAGCACCUCAAGAGGCCUCUACGGUGGCCUGCAGAGUCCUUGCUCGGCCGCAGCUCCAGGACCCUUCCCUUUCCUCCCAGCAGGCCCCCCAGAAUAUGGCCUGGGAGACCCCCCUCCGCCCCCCGGCUUGCUGCAGCCCCCUUCCCUGGCCCCCUGGCAGCCCUCGAGGGGUGAUGGGCCCCUAGCCGGCCUUGCGCAGCCCAGGUAAGUGCCCCGAUGCCUCUCCAGCCCCGAGUCAGGCUCCCAGGCGGGGCCCUUCCACUGCUUCCGACG